AAUCAGCCUAGGCUAGAUCCAUAAUUUACAUUGUCAAAAUGGCCGAUAAACAAGGUUACCAGGCUGAAGCAAUGGGCAGCAAGACACAGACGGCUGCAAAUCUACCUGAUGGCAUUUGGCUUAUGCGACCAUGUGAAGUGUAUAAAGAAGAACACAGAGACUGCAAAAGUUUCUUGAGUCGUUUGUACCAGUAUUACAUUGAUGGUUCCUGGUCGGACUGUUCCCAAUGGCUGACAGACUACAACAACUGCAUGCGGUUUAGGAAAAGUAAAGACAUGGAGGCGCUGGAAUCUCUUAUUGCCAGCGAGCGGCAGAGACGCAAAGAACGGAUUCAGAACGCCAAGGCUAACGACGUGUGGGAGUACAGGACCAGCCCACCACCAGAGUGGUCAGCACCUUUAGACUCACAAGACAGCAGAGAGGGCAGCAGAUGACGAGCAUGUUGAUUAGCUUUAGUUAGACAAUUUUAUGUGUUCACAGACUGUUUGCUUGUUGCAAGGGGGUGCUACGUUAGCUCAGUUUGUAUCAUGCUGGACUAUGGAGCAGGUGGCCUUGGUUUGAAUCCUAGACUGGGCGUUCUUGACCUCUGGUCAUUUCUUGGGGUUUUCAAGGCUCUCUACCCAAUUGGCUAGGUUCUAUCGGAGUUGAACUCAAAGGUCUGGCCUUUUAAAUAACUCAAUAGUGUUGAGACGGGCGUUAAACCCCUUGCACUUACAAUUGUAUCAAAGAAUCGUAAUAAAAUACAUAGUUUUUUUCCCAUUGGAUUACAGUAUGCUUAUGGCAAUGUUUCAGCAUCAAGUUCUUGUCUGAUGACAAUUGCGUGUAUGUGUGUAUGUAUCUGUGUGAACCCAGCUUGAUUGAUUGUUACACAUGGUGGAACUUCCUCUCAGUGCUUGUGUAAAUCUUUCUCCUGUGAGUAUGAAUGUAUGAGUGUUUCCUACGAGAUAAAUCUCAUUAUUAAAUUUGAAAAAUGCACAAUUUAA